AUGCACAUUACGGCUCGCCCCUGCACUCCUCCGCGUGAAAGCAUAUCACCCGAUGGCAGUCCUUUUGUUUGUUACCACCGUCUCUCGGAAUACAUGACUGGACGGAGCUGUUCACCUCCGUCACAACCCGCACAAUGGCGGGAGAGUUCUAGGUACACGGUUGAUGCUCUCCCAGAGACGCGGCCAAGUCAGUUGCUGACACCAAGGGCUACUCGAGUAGACAUUGCUCACCCGCCAGCAGCGUUCUGUACACCCCAGUUGAUGCGUGAGGAAUUGCAGCUCCGAGCCAGUCUAGACUCAGAGCUUGCCCUCGCUAGACGAGACUCGUCCUGGCGUUUGGAACCGGCAGUGACAUCUCUCGUCGAAGGUCUCUACGUGGGCGGCUUUCCUGAUGAAGAGACGUUGGAAACUUUGCGGCGUGAAAAGGUCGAUACAAUUAUCAACUGCUGUGCGGGGGAGUAUGACACCCUUGAUAGCGUGCGUGAGGAAUUUACUGUUCAUCACCUGUAUGCGGAGGAUCAAGGCGAUUAUUUGAUUUUGUUUCACUGUUAUGAUCAAUUUGCAGCCAUCGUUAACGAAGCAAAAAAAUUGGGUCGUCGAGUGUUUGUUCAUUGUGUGGCAGGCAUCAAUAGAAGUGUGACACUCUGCAUUGCAUACUUGAUGCAAUACUAUCAUAUGGAACCCAUCAGUUGCGUACGUCUUUUUCUAUCACAGGGUAGAACAGAUAUCUUGCGAAAUGUGUCCUUCCGUCAUCAAAUUGUGGAUUUUUACCUCAACACGCUAUCGACGUGA